CCUACUGACAGGAGCCUGUCCGUUCGCUGGAUCCAUGAGGAACUGGCACGUGGGUCUAAUAUGGCCUGCAGACUUGUGUCCCCCCCCAUCCACCCCUGCGGCCACAGGAGUGUCAGCUCUAUGCCCUCAGGCACCAUUGACAAUGUGUAGGGGGGUACAAGGGGGUGCAUGUGCAGCCCCUGAGCUUGGCCAUGCACCCCUUGCAGAAAGCACCAUUGAUAAUGCUGGCAGUGUCUGCAGGCAGUUGAAGCUCACCUCCACCACCGAUGCGGCCAGUGGCAUCUGCGGGUGAUUGUCGACCACCGAUAGUUUCUUAGUAAAUGGCUCCAUGACACUGGAGAAAUUGAAAGACCUCUGCAGAGAAGAUAAAGAAAAUGUAAAUCCUUCAUAUCUCUUGCAGCUGUAUACUCAGGCUGUGUUGGACAUCACAUAUUUUGAGGAGAACAAGCUUGUGGAUGAAGAUUUUCCAGAAGAGUCUUCUUUACAGAAAGUUAAAGAACUAAUCUGUCUUCUUUUAGAACCAGAAAUUGUGGUUAAGGAAAGCAAUAUGCACCAGGAGACCCUGAAAGUUCUUGGCAUAGAGUUGUUAGAAUGUUUAUACUGGAGAAAAGGAGCCCUACUCUACAUGUACUGUCACACUGUGAAAGAAAGGGGAGAAUGGCUAACAGAAAACGCUGAAUGGUUUAAAAAGUGUCUUAAUGAUGGAAUUCAUUAUUUGCUGAAGAUGCUUAGAUUUAGAUGCCCUGUUCAGCUAAAUGAAGAAGUCUCAUAUAAUGAUGCAGACACCGCAAGACUUCUGAGUGAUGGUAUAUUUAGUGAUACCCAUUUGCUAGCCAUGAUGUACAGUGGAGAAAUGUGUUAUUGGAGCCUGAAGUAUUGUGAAGGGAAGCAAGAAAGCCACAAAACAAAUUUGGAAUCUAAUAGUGAAUCACAUUACUGCUCCCACAGUGCGGUGCUGGAUUUCCGAGAGCAAGGAGAAAAAAUCCUAAUGACAUAUGUUGCUGUAUGUGAGGGCCCUUUAAAAGGACAAAACUGGAACACAGCUACUGCAAAACAAAUCUUGGACUACUUCAAGACCUUACUGAAGUAACUAAUUCGUAUCAUCUAUCCCUAAUAAAAAAGUCACAACGUGAAGAACAGAAAUAGGAAGAGAUGGUCACUGCUGUACUAAGAACACUACCAAAACUGUAUUCUGAUGUCUUUCAUUAUUCUGCUGCGUUGUUGAAACAAUGACACUUCUGAAUGCCUUUUUUUAAAUAUAACUACUCCUGGAACCUC